CUGAUCCAGGAGAGGGUAGAGAGCAACAAUUGCGAGUGGUUCGCAGCCGCCUUGGGCAACCUGGAAUGGUUGCGGUUCUGUCUGAAUCCGGACCUUGAGGGAUUCCUCACGGAUAACAAGGGUUUCACUGCCAUCCACUUUGCAGCCCAAAAAGGCAAGCUCGAGUGCCUGCAGGUCUUGGUGGAGGAGUACAAGUUUCCCGUGGACCUGCCCACCAAGAAUGGCCAGACACCGCUGCACCUCGUCAUCCACAAGGAGAACAAGAACGUGGUCCUCCCCUGCGUUCACUAUCUGCUUCAGCACGGGGCGGCCCUCAACACUCAGACACGCAAUGGCUCCACACCGCUGCACCUGGCAGCCCGGGAGGGCCUGCUGAGCUGUGUCAAGGUCCUGGUGAAGAAUGGCGCCAAUGUCCAUGCCCGAGAUGCCAUAGGCUGCAAGCCCAUCGACUAUUGCAAAAUAUGGAACCACCGCGUCUGUGCUCGGUUCUUGAAGGAUGCCAUGUGGAAACGGGACAAGAAGGACUUUGCCUAUGAGAUGGGGAAGCUGAAGGGGCUCAAAGGCCGCCUGGCCCUUAUGCAGCGGUACUACCUGACUGAGUACCAGGAAGAACAACAACUUCUGAGACAAGCUGAUUUCAAGAAGUGGCUCCAUCAUAAGCCACUGCCUCGAGGCCAAUCUCUGAUCCACAGCAUUGAGCAAGAGCCCCCAGCCCCUUCCAGGGCCAUCCCCGUCUCCAAGACCCCCAAGCUGUCCAAGCACUUCCACCUCUUCCCACAGGAGCACCUGCAACAGACAUCACAGCCCAAGCUGCAGCCCUCGGUGUCAUCCACACCCCACUACAGGCAUCCCACAGUUAGGCAGCCCAAGCCAUGGAAUAUUAGCAACAACCCUGCCAGAUCCCCCACCGCCCAGAUUGGCUCCCCACAGGGCAUCCGCCUGGGUGUGAAUCCAGACCCCAGCCUUGAGCACAACUUGAGCGGAUUCCUCAAGAUCAGGUCUGAUGGGCAAGGUGGUACGCACUUGUGCACGGUGACUGGCAAGCAGGUGGCCCCUGUGCCUCGGCUGCCUUUGGAGGUGAUAGUCCGUGAGCUGUACCCUCACAUGCGGCCGUGCAGGAUGAAGGUGCCCCAGGGCUUCCACUCUGUCAGCAUACAGGAUGUGGACCGGAAGCGGUACUUGGGCGACAACACCUUUUGGACCGACACUCUGGCCAUGAACUUACGUGAAACAUUUGACGAAGCCUUCCUGGCAGCAGUGCAAGCCCACCAGGGGCUCCCCAUUCUGCCCUGCCCCUAACCGCCCCCCCGCCCCCCCCCAUAAACCUAUUUCGGUAGCCUCUGGAGCUGCGGCAGGCUAGUGAAGGCUGAGGUGUGGUCAUUUAUGUUGCGGGACAGGGAACAAGGGAAGGAGUGCCCACAGGCUUCCCAUUCCCAAGAUGAAGGGUCAGAGCCCUGCCCCCCAGCAAAAGCCCGGAUCCUUGGAGACCCACCUGAGCGAUUCAAAUGAGGGCAGCAGCCCAGAGCUCAGAGUGGGGUAGGUCUGUAUCCUAGGCUCUGGCUUUGUCCAAGUAACAUUUUGGUGUCCCCUUUGCUCCCACCUCCCUCCAAACGGCCCAGCAGGGACAGGCUGAGGAACCACUGGGAGGUCUGCCUCUUGUUCAGACUCAGUCCUUCUACUAGAGACUCCGGGCCUCAUGCUUCACCUCCAGAGCCAGAUGGGGUGGCAGACGGCUAAGGUGUCACCCUGCCGUGGCUUCCCUGCCACUGUGGUUUCUGCAGGGCAGGGAGGCACAGGGGCAUGCGUGGGGGAGGGAGGGAGGAAGGACCAUGGCUUUAGUUCGAGACUAUGAAAGCACCUGUACUUCCUCCAGGCAGCUAGCCUGCUGUCCGCUGUACACAUCACUACAAACCAUUCAUUAAACAAACGUUUAUUGAGUGCU